GAAAGUGAGAACAGGCAUUCACAUGACACUUUUGUAGCCAGCGUUGCAAGAUAUUUACUUGAGUGUAAAUUGUAAAGAAUUAAAAAGGAAUGUAGGGCAGGUGCCUGCUGGGCACCGCAGGCCAUGAGGAAGUGCUCUGGGGUGGCACCUCUUCAAACCGUACUCCCAGUGUGUCUAGCCCAUUUGAAAGCAGGGAGUACCAGAUACUAAGCUUGUUCUCAGGAGGUUUAUAGGCCACUUUUCAGACUCAGAUGUGGGUGAGCACCAGAUCAACCUCUCAACAUUUGGGUUCUCUUCUAAAUCUAAACUGUGAUCCUACCAAGGUUCCUUCAUGAGUACCUAAAAUAAAGUGAGAUCUUUUCAACACAAAUGGGCAAAAAACGUGUGAAUCCAACAUCUGGACGUGAACUUGGUCCAAGUUUCAAUCAGAACUGAAAAUAAGGAAACUCUGGGUACCAAAGUCCCUGUCCUUUGCAUGAUUCUGCUCCACCCCAAUCUGACAUAACCGGGGCUCGAGUGCAAGCUUUGCAGGGGCUGUUGCUUUGUUGAAGGCUGUCUCCUGAAAGGCAGUAAAUUCACCCAUUGUUUAUGAUGACGGCUCUGUCUGCAGUGGACUGGACAGGGCAAGAUGCUGGUAAUUUUAAUUAGCUGGGAGCUUGGAUUUGCAGAGCACAAGUAAGAGUUCCAAAGGCCUUAACAUCCAGGAUUAUUUAUAUCCAAAAUGGUGCAAGAUCCUUGAUGCCAGUCUAAAACAAAGCCACAUACUCUGUAUAGAAAAUAAUGACAAACUUGUUCUUUGUUUAACUUAAUCCCCCCAGAAUACAGGGCCUGUUGGGUUAGCAAGGUUACAACUCUACUAAUAUUGUCAGGUUUUGUAACAGAAACAGAGAGUUAUAUAGUACUUCAUUACGGCAAUGGCUAAAUUCAAACUCAUCCCAAGAAGCAGAUGUCGAACAGGAUGUGCCUAUUUUCAUUUGCUUUCACCUCCUUCACUUGUUUACACUGCUUCCUUCUGAGUCCUCCUGCUAGAGAAACUUGCAGUGUGUUUGUUUCAUUCAUUUUGUUACAGUGGACUGAGACUGAGCAAUUGGAAAGAAAACCAAUGUUGUAGCAAACUGCAUCUUUUCACUGCAGGUAACCAUCUCACAGAACAUUGCACUGUUUAAAUGAAAUGUAUGAACACUAUUUUACAUUAUGGCCACGUCUCUGCAUCUGAAUUCAUUCAAAUGGAGCAUUUGUGAAAUGAUAAGUGUUUAAAGUUGCUCAGAAAAAAUGGUGUGGAACUCCUUGGUUAUUAUUUCUCCAUAACUCUUGAUCAAAUAUUCUCCAUUUUCAUGUAAAAAUAUUUUCCAAAGUGCCAGCCCUGCACAGUUAUCCUGAGAUCUGCAAGUUAAACUUCUUUCUAAAGAAAAGAAACUGGACCUGACUACAAGAGGCUUAUCAAACUCAUUUAUCUGAAAGAGCAGAGAAAUAAGAUUGCAGCUUUCUCACAUAACCUACUCCUCCAGCCAACUUCGAGUGACUACCACGGCGAUGUGACCAGGGAGAUUAGAACCACUGAUGGUAGAGUCUCUGAAUUGUAGAUUUAUGAGGACAGUAUUUGUUGCUGAACAUCUCUGCAACUGGUUGAAUGGCAAAUGGAUAAUGCUGGAGUAACACUCAUCAUAGUCAGGAAAGUGACUGUGGGAAAAUCACACUUUGUUACUGAUUCUUUCUGGUCUCUGUGUCUUCAAGACAUAAUUGUUUAAUUUUCCAAUUAAAAAUACCAUAUGGGUUUACUUUUGUAGCUACCGCAGAGCCAACAUACUCGCAGAAGAGUGGAUUCGAUUCCAUUUGAUGUCCUGAGAUUUCCAUUUUAACCUAAGUUCUGGGAUCUUGUUGGUGAUGAUGUAUGCAGCAGAAAGAAUACAGCUUGACUUUCAGAUUCCAGCAUGAGCUGCCAAGUGCUGCUGCUCAGAGAAGGAACAUUUGGUUUGGUUUGAAAACUGUUCAGACUGAAUGUGGACAUCUCUGAGGGAGAAUAUGCUGUGAUGAGAGGACAUGCAGCAGAGCUUCGCAUGCAGCAGAGCAUCACAUGCAGCAGAGCAUCACCGCCACUUUGCUCAUGGAGAAGGAGCCAGGGGGUGGCUGUCUCUGAGUUGGAAAAGGACUCGCGUGACUAUCAACUGAUUCUGGGCCACAGGUUUUCUCAGUAGACACUGGCAUGCAUUUGCAUAUACUGCAGUCUGGCAGCUUUUGAAAUUGACAGGAAGGAAGACCAAGUAAGACCCACAGCACAGGAAGAGGUGAGGCGCAGAACUGAAAGAAAGCUACUCAGCUAGAACUGCAAGGGCGAGGUGAGGAAGAGAGACUGGUAAUAGUGCACGAUGGUGAGUGAACUUUGCAUCUGCAUCACUUUGGUCUAAGAAGAUUCCUGAUUUCCGUACAGUCUUCUGAGAACUCUCUUGAGGCCCCUCAGCUGGGGAGGAAGCUCCCUCAAAAAUGGAAGAGCGCCUCUUGCAUUUUCUUUUGUGAGCUUGGACAUCUCGUCAAAGGAGUUCCAGCUGCAUAGAGCAAAUGGUCUCAAAAUCCCUGGGCUUGGCUUAAAAAGAACCCUAUCGCUGAUGGACAAGCUUGGGUAUUGAGGUGGCUGCUGGACUUGAAGGAGGCUGCAGCAAACUGAGAAACAUGGAAAAAGGUUAACUGUAGCAGAGUGAGCCGUGAAUGCUGUGCCCGCACUGGGGCCCUGGCCUGAGAGGACAACGGGCAGAGUCAAUGGGAAGACAGUGGGGUCUGCCUGCCAGUCGUCACACUGCAGUAGGAAAGAAGGCUUCUAAUGCCACUGGAACCCCCUGAUGGAAGGGGUUUGGAUCAACCGCUAUCGGAAGCAGCUGAUGAGGUCCAUCUCGCCACAGUUCCUGGAAGAGAUCAUCUGCUACAUGAGGAAGCUGGAUCUCCUCAGUGCUGAGGAGGCAGGCCAGGUUCAGGAGGAGAGCUCCCUGUCGGAGCAGGUGAAGGCAGUCAUGGAUCUUCUGGCUGGGAAGGGCAGCUAUGCCUCUCAGUCCCUGCAGACUUACAUAGAGACAACCAACGCCCAGCUCUAUCUCCACAUCACCGUCUAUGACCCUAUGGUGCAAAAGCAUUUGGAAAGUCUCCAGAACCGCUAUGGAACUGGUGUGGAACUUGGCCAGCUGGAGAGGCUCACUAACCUUCUCCUGGUGGAAGGCUUGACAGAUAUUCAGCAGAAAGAGCAUGAUGUCAUGCAGAUUGAGGCCACCAAAGGCAUGAGAAAUGUUGCCAAGAAAAUCCCCCUGGAGAAGCUCUUUCUACCUCUGUCUAAAGUCAGCAUUCCUCCUCGAAUCUCUGUGACCGUGGGUGUGGCUGGGAUUGGCAAAAGCACUUUGGUGAAACUGUUUGCUUGCAUGUGGGCCAAAGGGGAGAUCAAUAAGGACAUCAUAUUCGUGCUGCCUCUCACCUUCCGGGAACUGAACACUUAUGAGAAACUCUCUGCUGAGCGGCUCAUCCGGUCGGCAUUCCCUCAUAUCACUGAACCCAGCUUUAUCUCCAAUGGCACUGCCCGGAUUUUACUGAUUCUGGAUGGCUUGGAUGAGUUUAAGACUCCUUUAGAUUUUUCCAACACAGUCGUUUGCACGGACCCGAAAAAGGAAAUUCAAGUGGAUAGUCUGAUUACCAAUAUUAUCCGUGGCAACCUGUUCCAGGAAGCUUCCAUUUGGGUCACUUCACGGCCCACAGCAGCCAGCCAAAUCCCAGGUGGCCUAGUUGACCGGAUGACAGAAAUACGAGGUUUUGGAGCUGUGGAGAUCAAGGACUUCUUUGAUCAGAUGUUCCUUGAGAACAAAGACUUAUCCAGUCAAGUCUUGGGUCAGAUCAAGGCUAACAGAUCUUUGUACACAAUGUGUACGGUUCCUGCCUUUUGUUGGAUAUCUGGCUCCUCAAUGGGCUAUUUCCUAAAGAACAGCACUGAUCAAUCCCAAGAAAUGACAACUGUUCCUAAGACUUUAUCAGAAAUCUACUCCUAUUACUUUAAAAUGGCACUGAGUAGUGACUGGCAAGAAAAACAGAAAGAGACUCCCAGGAUAGAACAAGCUAUAAACAACAGCAAAAAAAUUAUUGGUAACCUGGGUCGGCUGGCAUUUUAUGGUCUGCUCAAGAAAAAGUAUGUAUUUUAUGAACAAGACAUGAAAGCCUAUGGCAUAGACCUCUCAUCACUACAAGGCAGCUUGUGCAAUAGGAUGUUACUCAAGGAAGAGAUGCAGUUCUCUACUGUCUACUAUUUCUCCCAUUUAACCCUCCAGGAGUUUUUGGCAGCCACUUAUUACUAUGCUUCAGCAAAACGAGCAAUAUUUGAUCUCUUCACUGAGAGUGGGAUGUCCUGGCCUAAGUUUGGUUUCCUCAAUCACUUUAAGAACGCUGUCCAUAGAUCACUGCAGUCAGAUGACGGGCAGCUGGAUAUCUUUGUGCGCUUUCUCUCUGGACUUCUCUCCCCACAGGUGAACAAAUUGCUGUCCGGUUGGCUCUUGAUGAAGGAUGAGCAUAACAGUUUCCGAAGCCACGUGAUCAGCUUUCUCCAGAGCUGCCUGAACACUGACUAUGUCAUCUCCUCCAGGACCGUGAACGUCAUGCAGUGCUUGUAUGAAGUGCAGCACAUGGAGCUGGCCAAGACUGUGGAGGAAGCUAUGAAAAAUGAGAGCUUAGCUGGGAUGUUAACGCCAGUGAAUUGUUCUGCCCUGGCUUAUCUCCUGCAGGUCUCUGAGGUGUGUAUGGAGGAGACAAACCUCUCCAACUGCCUCACCUACAAUAUCUGCAAAAGUCUGCUUUCCCAGCUCCUCUUCUGCAGUAAUCUCCGGCUGGACAAUAACAAGUUUAAGGACAAUGUGAUGGAGCUGUUGGGCAGCGUGCUGAGCGUAAAGGAUUGUCAGAUUCAAAAGAUGAGCUUGGCAGAAAACCAGAUCAGUAACAAAGGGGCCAAAGCCCUUGCCAGAUCCCUGAUGGUCAACAGGAGCCUGACAGUACUUGACCUUCGCAGUAACGCCAUCGGACCCACAGGGGCAAAAGCACUGGCUGAUGCACUGAAAAUAAAUCAAGUCCUACUCUCCCUGAACCUCCAGAAUAACGUGAUCAAGGAGGAUGGUGCUAAAUUCCUGGCUGAGGCCCUUUUAACCAACCACAAGCUGACAACUUUGCACCUUCAGAAGAACUCCAUUGGGCCCCAAGGUGCAAAGAAAAUAGCAGAAGCACUGAAGCAGAACGGGAAUCUCAGGGAACUGAUCCUCUCCAGUAACUGUGUGGGGGACUCUGGCUCUGUAGCCUUGGCCGAAGCUCUGAGAGUGAAUCACAGUCUCACAACCCUGGACCUCCAGAGCAAUUCAAUCAGCAACACGGGGGUCACGGCGCUGAUAGGAGCGCUGCGCUCCAACCGGGGCCUCAUCAGCCUCAACCUUCGGGAGAAUUCCAUCAGCCAAGAGGGGGCGCCGGAGAUAGCCAACGCUCUGCGCACUAACUGCACGCUGAGGAACCUAGACCUAGCGGCGAAUCUGUUGUAUGAUGAAGGCGUCAAGGCCAUUGCACUGGCGAUGAGAGAAAACCAGGCACUCAUGUCCCUGCACCUGCAGUGGAACUUCAUCCAGUCGAAGGCGGCCAAGGCGCUGGCCCAAGCACUACACUCCAACACAAGCCUGACCAGCCUCGAUUUGCAGGAGAAUGCUAUUGGUGAUGAAGGCAUGAUCGCCCUUGCUGCUGCUCUGAAGGUGAACACCACGCUCACCACCCUCUGCCUCCAGGUGGCUUCGAUCGGGGUGAGCGGGGCCAAAGCCCUGGCAGAGGCUCUAGUUGUUAACAGAACCCUCACAACUCUGGACUUGAGAGGAAACUCCAUCGGUUUGGCUGGAGCCAAAGCUCUGGCCAACGCGCUGAAGGUUAACCGCAGUCUCCGUGUUCUGAACCUCCAGGAGAACUCCUUAGGCAUGGAUGGAGCUAUCUGCAUCGCCACAGCUCUGACCGGAAACCAUGGCCUCACCUACGUCAAUCUGCAGGGGAAUCGCAUCGGUCAGUCUGGCGCCAAGGUGAUCGCUGACGCCAUCAGAACAAACUCUCCGCGCUGCAUCGUCGAGAUGUGAGGGCCGACUGCACCAGGAACGGCCAGCACGAGUCAGCGGCAGGCAGGGGAUGGUGCAGACACUCACUUUAAUGAUAGAGUCUACUGGCUG